AUGUGGUGUGCUGGGGAGAUUGUGACGGCCUACAAGAACAAGGUCACCACCGUGCCGCUGAUUUGCGACGGCUUCAUCCAGCUGGAUGCCGAAGCACUCGAGCUUAUCCCAGAUGUCUGGACGGCCCAGCAGAAGCAAAUCCUUGCCAACUACGGCAUUACCAUGGAGGACGUGAAGAAG